GCGCUGCCAGCUGUGAGGGGAGCUGCGAGAAGAGCCAGCAAAAGUACAAAAAGGAACGAAGGAACACCGCCUAACACCUCAAACCCUCACACAGGUUGAACACGUCAAGUCUAACUUUUGGGAAGGACUCUUCGUCUGCAGGAACUGCAUCAUGCUGCGCCAAGCAAUAACCUCUUCGGACCUCUGGCUCUUAUGCUUCAUGCUCGUAUGCACGUGGCUACCGUGCAAUGCCCAAAGCGAGUCCGGCACUCCGGCCAUACAGCUACGUCUGGUUGGAGAGAAACAGAAGAAACACGAAGGCCGGGUGGAAGUUCUCUACAACGGCGAGUGGGGGACGGUCUGCGAUGAUGACUUCUCCAUCUACGCCGCCCAGGUGGUGUGCAGAGAGCUCGGCUUUGUGGACGCUGAGUCAUGGUCACCCUCGGCCAAGUACGGCAGGGGGCACGGCCGCAUUUGGCUCGACAACGUGGACUGCAACGGUCGAGAAAACAGCCUCGCCGAGUGUCGCUCCAACGGCUUCGGAGUGAGCGACUGCAAACAUUCAGAAGAUGUCGGGGUGGUGUGCUCACCGCAGCGCAUUCCAGGCUUCAAGUUUAUCCGGACUCAGGGCAACAGCGACAAGGGCUUGCCGGUGAGUGUGGAGGACGUGCGAAUAAGGGCCACGUAUUCUCACAGAAAAAGGGUCCCCAUCACCGAGGGCUUUUUGGAAGUGAAAGACGGAGGAAAAUGGAAGCAGAUCUGCAACGUAGACUGGACGGAGAUGAACAGCAGGGUCAUCUGUGGCAUGUACGGCUUCCCUGCGGACAAGCGCUUCAACAACAAGCCCUACAAAUUGCUGGCCAAGAGGCGCAAGAAGAACUUCUGGGGUUUCUCCGUCAACUGCACCGGCAACGAGGCCGACCUGUCGGACUGCAAACUGGGCAGGGAAAUCGAGCUGAAGGGCAACAGCACCUGUGAGCAGGGAAUGCCCGUGGUGGUCAGCUGCGUUCCCGGACGUACCUUUGCUCCCAGUCUCAGCACGGGCUACAGGAAGGCAUACAGAGUGGAGCAACCCCUGGUGCGACUAAAAGGCGGAGCCAUGAUCGGGGAGGGUCGCGUGGAGGUGUUGCGGAACGGCGAGUGGGGCACGGUGUGCGAGGACAACUGGAACAUUCGAGCUGCCACCGUGGUUUGUCGGGAGCUGGGCUUCGGCAGCGCCAAAGAGGCCUUGAUCGGUGCCAGUAUGGGACAAGGCAUCGGGCCAGUGCACAUGAAUGAGGUGGAGUGUUCUGGCUUUGAGAAAUCUCUGACUGAGUGUCACUUCAAUCGGGAUUCUGUGGGCUGCAGCCACGAGGAAGACGUCGCAGUCAAGUGUAACGUUCCUGCCAUGGGCUUUCAGAACAGAGUUCGGUUGUCCGGUGGACGUAAUCCCUACGAGGGCCGCGUGGAAGUUCUUACGGACAGGAACGGCUCUCUGGUGUGGGGUACGGUAUGCAGUGAGAGCUGGGGGACCAUGGAGGCCAUGGUGGUGUGCAGACAGCUGGGCUUGGGAUUUGCCAGUCACGCCUUUCAGGAAACUUGGUACUGGCAGAGCGACGCUACAUCUGAUGAUAUUGUGAUGAGUGGAGUGAGAUGUUCAGGCACUGAGCUGACUCUGGAUCAGUGCCUGCAUCACGGGAAGCACAUUCAAUGUCCCAAAGGUGGUGGACGCUUUGCUGCUGGGGUGGCCUGUACUCUGACGGCCCCUGACCUGGUCCUGAACGCCCAGGAAGUGGAGCACACCGCCUACCUGGAGGACAGACCUAUGUAUGCCCUGCAGUGUGCCCAGGAGGAGAAGUGCCUGUCCAGCAGUGCCGACAAGGCCGACCAGAACUCUUACCGCCGCCUGCUGCGCUUCUCCUCGCAGAUCCACAACAAUGGCCAGACAGACUUCAGGCCGCGAGCAGGGCAUCAAUCCUGGACUUGGCACGAAUGCCACAGACAUUUCCACAGCAUGGAGGUGUUCACCCACUAUGACUUGAUGAAUGUGAAUGGAACUAAAGUGGCAGAGGGUCACAAAGCCAGCUUCUGUCUGGAGGACACGCGUUGUAAAGAAGGCAUCGAGAAGAAAUACGAAUGCGCCAACUUCGGAGCACAGGGCAUCACGGUGGGCUGCUCGGACACCUACAGACACGACAUUGACUGCCAGUGGAUCGACAUCACAGAUGUUCCGCCUGGUGACUACAUCCUCCAGGUUGUGAUCAACCCAAACUACGAGGUCGCAGAAUCCGACUACACCAACAACAUCAUGAAGUGCCGCAGCCGCUACGACGGAAAUCGCGUCUGGAUGUACAACUGUCAAAUAGGUGGCUCGCGGAGUUCGGAAACUGAAGAAACAUUUCCCGGGCUGCUGACCAAUCAGCUUUCGCACAGGUAGACAGACGGACAGAUGGUCGGAUAUUCAUGAAGCGCAGAGGAGGAGUAUUUCGCCAACCACUAAAGGAGAAGGAGGCCGUAGUUGAGGACGUGGGACGCCGAAUAAAAGUACAAAUGGAAACUUUUGGCACGUUUGAACAUGUUUGAAUGUGCAGUGUGUAGUAUUACAGUCGUAAGUUCACAGAAAGACCAUUUUACAAAAUGUGUUAGAAAGAUGUCAAAGUCUGUCAAAUCCUGUUUCGUUGUCGAUAAGCUGACAAUGUGGUAGAAAGCAGCCAUAUAUAGAUAUAUAUAUUUUUUUUGUUUCAAACUGACUGUGAGGAAAAUGAUACCGUAAAUUAUUCAAUCUGUAGACCACAAGCAGUACAGCUCUUACUUUGUGGUGUCGUGGUCGAAAUGUACAUUUUUAUUUGUGGUGCUUUUUAAUGAAUAUGUCAGGGAACUUUGCAGCCAAAUAUUGUUGUAAAUGAAGUUGACCAACAAUUGCCUUUUGAAUGGUCAGCACAAGAAACAUCAUUUUGUCCAGGAAAAACAUUUUGGUGCUACAUCAUGUUUGGAAGUUCAGUGGAAGACGGAUACAUGGAUACAUCACAAUGCUUCUGCUGUAUACAAAAUUGAUUUUUAAAAAUUUGAAUGGAAUUGACAUUCUGCAUCAACCGAAAAUCAAAGUGGCGAAAGGUAAUAAUUCAACACGAUGCCAUUUGAUUUUUUUUAAUUUUAUGACUUUAGGACGAUGCGAUGUAAAGUCUUUGCAUCUUCUGCCGAGGAGUCUGAAUUCCAAAUACUUGACCUCACCUUCGAAAAUGUUUUAUUUAUUGACUUUUUGCUUCUAGUUUCCACACGCUCUCCAUGAUCCGUGUAUUAUCCCCUCAUCUUCCAUUAAAUUAUUGCUAUCAGGGACCGUUGCAAAGCCUCAAAUGUGUCUGUGUGAGAAUGCCUCUUUGUUGUUGUCAUUUUUGUAAAUGCGACUCAUUCCCUUCAUUUUAUAAGGGUGUCAGUCACAUACUGCCUCGUGGAUUUGAUUGAUAUGUGGGAAUGGAUGACAUCCUCUGCAAUAAAGGUAGACGGUGAAAGCA